AUGAUUCUCAGGCAUAUUUUAUCUUCGUGUCCGCCAGUUUCAAUCUUCAAUUCUAAACUCUUAGCUUUUCUUUUCCUUUUCACAAUGCCUGCUGUCGUCCCUAUACUCCCGCCUAGUGUCCUCCCGGACUACAGGCACUAUACACCCGAAUACAACCUUGACGACCUGGUCCGGGAUAUCAAAGCAUACCUAGGAACCAGCGGGGGCAUUUCAUCUGCAGAUGUGGAUAACGAAUACUUAAUUUCGCUGGCUCAGAAAUACAUUUCCGACCCGAAUGACUGGGCGCAGUAUUUCUACAACGACACCAGCAAAAACUACACCCGCAACGCUAUUGAGAAUAUCAACCAGAAAGCAAAUAUCCUCCUCCUCGUAUGGAACCCUGGGAAAGGCUCACCCGUCCACGACCACGCCAAUGCCCACUGCAUCAUGAAGAUCCUGGCUGGCACACUACAAGAAACCGUUUACCGCAUUCCAGACCAAGCCUCUGAGCGGGCGCCAUUGGAGAUCAAGUCCGAUACGAGACAUACUAUGAAUGAUGUGGCUUAUAUCUCCGACGACAUUGGGCUACAUCGUGUCUACAACCCGAGUAGUGACCAAGUGGCUGUGUCUCUGCACUUAUAUACACCACCCAAUGCAGCAGACUAUGGAUAUAAUGUCUACAACGAAGCCACGGGCAAGGCAUGCUUUGUGCCUCAGGCUAAAUCUGUUCCUCAAAAGGAGUGA